GCGAACGGCGGUGCAGCGGGAACCGGCUGGCACUGGAGCAAGUAGCCUGCGCGCCGCCGCGGCGAUGCUGGGGCUGCUGGUGGUGUUGUUGGCCCUGGCGCUCGCCUUCUUCGCGCUGCUAGAUGUUUGGUACCUGGUGCGCGUGCCGUGGGCCGUGCUGCGCGCGCGCCUGCUGCAGCCGCGCGUCCGCGACCUGCUGGCGGAGCAGCGCUUCCCGGGCCGCGUGUUACCCUCGGACUUGGACCUGAUGCUGCACAUGAACAAUGCGCGCUACCUGCGCGAGGCCGACGUGGCGCGCGCCGCGCACCUGACGCGCUGCGGUGUGCUUGGAGCGCUGCGAGAGUUGGGUGCAUACUCGGUGCAGGCCGCCUCGUGCGCGCGCUACCGCCGCUCUCUGCGCCUCCUGGAGCCCUUUGAGGUGCGCACCCGACUGCUGGGCUGGGACGACCGCGCCUUCUACCUAGAGGCCUGCUUUAUCAGCCUGCGCGACGACGACUUCGUGUGCGCGCAGCUGCGCUUCAGGCAGCAUGUAGUGGGCACCUCGCCCGAGCGCGUUGUGCAACACCUUUGCAAGCGCACGGUGGAGCCGCCUGAGCUGCCAGAAGACCUGCAGCACUGGGUCAACUACAACAAGGCCAGCAGCCAGCUGCUUGGCACGGAGCGUGGGCUCAGCAGUGCCGGCAAGGACCAGUGACCACUGCCCCUACAUCCAGCCCACCCUGCCUGCAAAAUGAGCAGGCCCAGCUGGGCUCUCUGGGAGCUAGAGUGGCCCCUACCCAGUCCCCUUCAUCCACUGGGCUCCCUAGUUAUUGACACCCUUCCGUGCUGGGCAGGGGAUGGGGGAGCAUUGGUGCCCUCACCCACGGUGGGGAUGGAGGGGCAGGAGGCCCAGCCCAGCCCUACAGUGACAUAGGCAUAGGUGGGGAGGACAGGCCAAAAGCACAGUGUCCUGAGUACAUCCUGUUAGCUGCUUGGAGGGGCAGGGCCAGGCCAGCGCAGCACUUGCCAGACUAUUCCCUCUGGUGUUCACUGAGGUAGGGCAGACCCAGGAUGGAGUCUGGGUGGUCAGAUGCCUGGCUAGAGACAGACCAAAGGCAGGAAGGAGGGUCAGCUGGCAUGUGCCAGCAGCAUUCAGCCUUCCACGAGCUCCCCUGGUGUGGUAGCCUCUGCCAUCUUUCCAGGUGGCUGAGAGGGGUCAUUUGGCACAGGGCUCCCUGCUGGGGUGUCCUGGUCAGAAUGGGAACAGAGCAGGGGCUGAACUCUGGUAGGUGCUCAUCAAGGCUGUGCUCUAUAACCUUGGGCUGGGCCCUUCCCUCUGGACUACAGCAUCUCAGGCAUCUGUCUUCCCAUGAUUGCUGUUCCUGCUCUGAGAGCUGUUUCGCUAGAAGGCUGGUGGGGGUAUCUUCUUGGCCUCUCUACCUUCUGUUUUAUAGGCUUCUUGUCAGCUGCCAGGCCAGGCUGUACCUUGCUCUAGUGGCCUGUCCUGGCAGCUGAUGGGGAUACCAGGCUGCUGGGAUGCUGGCCCGGGCUGCCUGCUCCUGCCUAUUCCCUGACCUUAAUAGCUGGGGAAACUGAGGACAGAGUGGGGGCUGGUCCCCAGCCAGACUCUGGCCAAUGCCUUCAGCUCCCAGAGAGGGGAUGACCUGUCUAGCUGGGCUGCUGAGUCCCAGGACCCUGGGUAUGGGGAUCACUGCUUGCCCACUCAGGCCCUGUGCCACCCACACUGGCCCCCACCAGCCUAGGGCAAAUCAGCAGCUGGACCCAGGACUGCCUUGCUGCCCCCUUAGGAGCCCUGCUUAAGCCAGAGCCAGGAGUUGAGGGGAUGCCCCUGACAUCUCCUUUGCACCACCCCCUCCCUCACUGUUCUUGCUGCUGCUGUUCUUGCCUUAAAGCCACUUGGGAAUGGCAAUCUUUUUGUCUUAUUUAAAGAGGAAAGCUUAAGAUUAAAGGGUUUCAAAUGCAA